CCCGGAAGUACAACCGCUGCCGUCUUACCGGUGUGCAUUUUGUGAGUGAGGGCGACGCUUUCGAGAUGCCUGGCGCCCCGGCCAAGGGCUCGGAAUUGUCUGAGAGGAUCGAGAACUUCGUGGAAGCCCUGAAGCGGGGCGGCGGGCGGCGCCGUUCCGAGGCUAUGGCUCGGGACACCCUAGGACUGCUCCGGCGGAUCAUCACGGACCACCACUGGAGCAACGCGGGGGAGCUGAUGGAGCUGAUCUGCAAGGAGGGCCGGAGGAUGACGGCUGCGCAGCCCUCAGAGACGACAGUGGGCAACAUGGUGCGGAGGGUGCUCAAGAUCAUCCGGGAGGAGUACGGCAGACUCCACGGACGGAAUGACGAGAGCGACCAGCAGGAGUCCCUGCACAAACUCUUGACUUCCGGAGGUCUGAGAGAGGAUUUCAGCAUCCAUUAUGCCCACCUUCAGCCCAAUAUCAUCGAGGCAAUCAAUGAGCUGCUGGUGGAGCUGGAAGGGACUACGGAGAACAUUGCCGCCCAGGCUCUGGAGCAUAUCCACUCCAACGAAGUGAUCAUGACCAUCGGCUACUCCCGAACAGUAGAGGCCUUCCUCAGAGAGGCCGCCCGAAAGCGGAAAUUCCACGUCAUUGUGGCAGAGUGUGCGCCUUUCUGCCAGGGUCAUGAAAUGGCCAUCAAUCUGUCCAAAGCAGGGAUCGAGACUUCUGUCAUGACCGAUGCUGCCAUUUUUGCUGUUAUGUCCAGAGUCAACAAGGUGAUCAUUGGCACAAAGACCAUCCUGGCCAACGGUGCCCUGCGAGCUGUGGCAGGAACUCACACUCUAGCACUGGCAGCAAAACACCAUUCCACCCCGCUCAUUGUCUGUGCUCCUAUGUUCAAGCUUUCCCCACAGUUCCCCAAUGAAGAAGAUUCAUUUCACAAGUUUGUGGCUCCUGAAGAAGUCUUGCCCUUCACAGAAGGGGACAUUCUAGAGAAGGUCAGCGUUCACUGCCCAGUGUUUGACUACGUCCCCCCAGAGCUCAUUACGCUCUUCAUCUCUAACAUUGGUGGGAAUGCGCCUUCCUAUAUCUAUCGCCUAAUGAGCGAGCUCUACCAUCCUGACGAUCAUGUCCUCUGA